AUGGCACUCCGUGGCUCGAACAUAGACACGACACCUCCCUCCCAGGCAUCUGAGAGCUCCAUACUCAAGGCACAUUUGUUACUUGAGAAGCCGGCGUAUGAUUACCCAACAGCUGAGUCGUAUUCAGCUGCCCAGCUUGCAUGUAUGUUCUGGUGCAAGUCCCACUGGCUUGACAGCACCAAUCACCCUGAUGACAAGCGCCCUCCACCUGGUCCGAAGGGCAAACAACGGCGCGCUCAAGGUUACAACGUACCAUUCCGCUUCAUCACUCAAGAGGACGGCACUAUCAUCGAUGGCUUUCGCGUUCAGGAAAUCUCUAGGCUGGUCUGGGACUUUUUGUUUGCCUUGCGAGACGCCGGCGAAGCUACGCUGACUUGGGAUAAGCUGGGCUUACAUAAGAAGAGAGCGCUCUAUGUCACCAUGAAGAAUGCCUUCAAGGAGCUGACCUACUGCGAGAACGAUGAUAUGCACUGA